AUCCCUUUUCAAAAAACCGGGAAAUCAAAAUUUGCGGGACAAAUUUCCGAUCAGGGAGAAGUGAGAUGGAGGAAGAGCAGAUGUCCUCCGUGCCGUGUUCUUCACUCGCCGUCGAAUCGGCUAUCCGUGUCGCGACGGCCGGAGGGAUUUUUGGAUUUUGCGCCGGGCCUCGUGAAGGUCGCAGAAUAGGUCUAACCGGCGUACCGCAAGCUUCAUAUGUGGCGAAAUAUGUCGGCAGAUUCGGCUUUCAAUGCGGUCUUGUUGGUGGUGUUUUUACUAUGACCCACUGUGGGCUUCAGAGAUAUCGUGGGAGGAAUGAUUGGGUGAAUGCUUUGAUCGCAGGGGCCGUGGCUGGAGGGGCAGUUGCUGUUCGGACACGGAACUUGACCCAGGUUGUUGGCACAGCUGGCCUGGUUUCCGCGUUUAGUGUUUUGGCUAAUUAUUCAAGGACAAAUUGAAACAGCCCUAGGACAAUAGAGCGAGGCCUGGCCAAAUCCCCAUCAAGAAACUGGGCUGGAAGUUGGACGCUAUCUUGAAACGCAGAAGAUGCGGGGAAAGCUAAAACUAUAGCAAGUCAUGUGGACUCUGGUUCAAGACAAGUUGAGUGACAGACCAGUGGGUGAUGAUUGGUGAGUUACCAGGUCUUGUUUUUUUAAGCCUGUGUACCUUGUGUUUGUAACUGACCCGUCAUUCAUUUCUCGGCCACGUUUUGAUCGGAGGGACUGCCUUUGUCGACGACCAUCCAUUUCUCCUACUGCGUUUGCAUUGAUUCGUUUAUAUAUAUAUAUAUAUAUGGUUAUGCAUAA